AUGGCCGACUACCAAUCCAUACAGUCCCUGCACAAGUCUACCCCCGCCUUCUCGCCCACCAUCCCCACCUUCCUCCUGCCCUACCUGGCUUUCCUCCUCCUCGCCGCAACCUUCGCCCUCGCGUUCUACUUCUCGACUCUACCGAAAGAGAAGAUUCCCGCUCGCGAGCUCGCCGUGGCGUCCACAGCAAGCCUUUUGGGCGGCUUCGGCGUCGUAGCCCUCUUCUGCUCCGUCGGUGUAUACGUGUAG